AUGCCGCGCCACCGCCGCGUCGCGCCCACGGCGACGUCGACACGCGCGCCCGCGGUCACCCCGUCGCUCCCGUCGCUCGCGCGCGACGUCGAGCGACGACGGCGCGAAGACGCGGCGCCGAACGUCGUGCGCGUGCUCGAGAAUGAAAUCAUCGUCGUCGACGACGCGCUCUCGCGCGCGACGUGCGAAGAGAUCAUCCGGACGAUCGAGGAUGGGAAUGGGUUCGCGCACGCCACGUCCAGGGGACCGAAGUACGGCGAAGCGUGGCGAAGCAACGGACGGUACGCGCGGGAGGACGAGACGUUCGCGCGGGCGCUGUGGGACGCGGUGGACGGGAAGCGGACGUUCGAGUUCGAGUUGGACGACGCGAGUGGAUUUAAUCCGAACAUUCGGGUGUAUAAGUACGCGGGCGAUACGGGGGAUCACUUCGGCCCGCACGUGGACGAACGGGUGACGGUGCGCGGACGGCGCUCGGGGUACACGGCUUUGGUUUAUUUAAGCGGAGAGGACGUGGAGGGCGGAUGCACGAUUUUCUACGACUAUCACGGGGUGGAGCGCGCGAGAGUCGAGCCUAAAACGGGUCGAGCGCUGUACUUUAGACACGGAGCGAAUCUACCCGAGCACGAGGGCGAGCUCGUGAGGCGAGGGACGAAGUACGUGUUGCGAAGCGACGUUCUGUUUUGA